ACUAAAUGUUGGGUUAAAAGUGAGAAUACGCAAAUAAGGUGUAGCUUAAGUAAAUACUAGUAUUUAUAUUUUUGUCUACACCUGGAUCUUGCUGAUCUUACAGAUUUUCUAAGAAAAUCCGCAUACGAUUUUCCGUCAAAAUUUGCCAAACAAAAUGGAGUCGUGCCCUUCCGUAAAAAAUAUCCUUCUUUUGGAUGCCGAAGGGAAACGUGUAGCUGUUAAGUAUUAUUCGGAUGACUGGCCAACAAACAAUGCCAAGGAAGCUUUUGAGAAAUUUAUAUUUGCCAAAACUCAGAAGACUAAUGCCCGCACUGAGGCGGAGAUAACAAUGCUUGAGAAUAACAUUAUUGUUUAUAAGUUUGUUCAAGAUCUUCACUUUUUCAUUACUGGAGGUGAAGAUGAAAAUGAGCUCAUCUUAGCCACAGUUCUUCAGGGGUUUUUUGAUGCUGUUGGUCUUCUUCUAAGAGGCAAUGUGGACAAGAAAGAGGCACUUGAGAAUCUAGACCUCAUUCUGUUAUGCCUUGAUGAAAUUGUUGAUGGCGGAAUAAUACUGGAAACUGAUGGAACUGUCAUCGCUGGGAAGGUAGCAAGUAAUAGUAUGGAUGCUGGAGCUCCAUUAUCCGAGCAGACAUUAACUCAAGCAUUGGCCACUGCACGGGAACAUCUAACGAGAUCCCUUCUCAAGUAAUAGGAGAAGAAGCAAAAGGAGUUCUCCUAUUUCUAGUUUUAGAUAUGUUAAUAGAUGAUGUUUGCUACACGGGCUGCUGAAAGCUCCCAUUUCUUGCCCUUUGAUUUUGUUUUGGUUUUACAUUGUAGUCUUGUCUGUUUUGAUGAUUAAAUGAAAGCACAGCCGUAAUGCUGUCUAGAUGCA